AUGUCUGAUCAAAUCAACCUCUCCAAGCCCCACCGUGCCAUUCGGGCUGGUGUCAUACUUGUUAAUGCGGAGACUGAAAUUCUGGAUGUAGCGCCAAUUGAUGUUUUCAACGCCAUUUCUACGAAAUUUGUGCACAAUUUCCCAGAAACCGUGUUGCCUGAUAACCUCCGAGCUCAAGCUCUCGACAUUGAAUUUCAUUGGGUCAAUGAAACGGGGGAACCAGCACACCUAACGGCUGGCGGACUUAUCAACGUAACGGCAAGGGACAGCUUCGCUACCUGCCCAUCUUUGGACAUAGUCCUCAUGGGCGCACAUGACUCCAAGUACACCCUCAACGAGGCAGAGCUUGAUUUCAUUAGAAAAAGCUUCAAUGAAUGUGAGGCCUUCAUCACCAUUUGCGGAGGAUUCUUGUCAGCCAUGCAAGCAGGUUUGCUUGAAGGGAGAACUGCCACUGGACCACGACCAUUCUUGGAAGGUCUCCGCCAGGCUGCUCCUGGAGUCAAAUGGGUCGAGAAGCGCUGGGCUAGGGACGGAAAAUUAUGGACAAGUGGUGCUUUGUUGAACGGAUUGGAUCUCACACGCGCGAUUGUCACAGAGUAUUGGGGUGGUAAAGACACGCUGGCGGAGUUUGCUUUGGCGCUUGGUGCCUAUCCGGUCAGAGACAUCAAUUACGCAGAUGUGGAAGGUAAUUUGUAG